AUGGAGAAGCUAUGGAGGCCAUUAGGUCACCUCUUCCUCACUUUCUUUCUUUACAACUUCGGAACGUUCAUGGUGGCUCCAACCAUAACCGACGUCACCAUGUUUGCAGUCUGUCCUCACCAACCUGAGUGCUCGAUCGCCAUUUACCUCACUGGAUUUCAACAAGCGGUGAUUGGGCUAGGGACUCUAUUUAUGAUGCCAUUGGUAGGGAAUCUAUCAGACAGAUAUGGGAGAAAAGCUUUGCUCACUCUUCCUAUGAGCCUUUCCAUUAUCCCUUUGGCCAUAUUGGCGUACAGCAGAUCCAGGAACUUCUUCUACGCUUACUAUGUGCUUAAGACUAUCACUUCCAUGGUUUGUGAAGGAAGUGUUCAGUGCCUUGCUCUCGCCUACGUGGCGGACAAUGUCCCGGUGCGACGGCGGGCGGCGGCGUUCGGGAUCCUUUCCGGGAUCGGUUCGGCAGCGUUCGUGUGCGGGACCUUCAUAGCUCGGUUCCUCUCCACUGCUUCCACCUUCCAGGUGGCGACGGCCGUUGCGAUCGCCGGAACGGUCUACAUGAGGAUUUUCCUUCCCGACGUAGCCGUCGAGGAAAGCCUCAAGACGCCGAUUCUCUGCCGAGGAAAGGAGAAGAUCGUAGCCGAUUUCCCGAACGAGAUCUCUCCGAUUAAGAGCGAGCAGAUAUUCAAAUCGAGGCCUUCCCUGCGAGAUAUGCUCACCAUGCUGCAGAGCAGUAAGAUUUUCACGCAGGCGGCCGUUGUUGCAUUCUUCCUCAGCCUUUCAGAUGCCGGCUUUCAAGCCUCCGUAACGUACUACCUGAAAGCCGAAUUCCACUUCAAUAAGGACCAGUUCGCAGAUUUAAUGGUGAUUUCCGGGGUCGCUGGCACAGUUUCACAGCUAAUUGUGAUGCCAAUAUUAACUCCAUUCUUAGGAGAAGGGGUUCUGCUUUCAGUUGGACUUUUCUUCUCUUGUGCCCAUAUAUUUCUCUACAGCGUUGCAUGGUCUUUCUGGGUCCCUUAUGCUGCCUCUAUGCUCUCCAUUUUCUUCGUUUUCUCACAACCAUGUAUGCGGGCCAUUGUGUCGAAGCAAGUUGGCUCAUGUGAGCAGGGAAAGGCUCAAGGAUGCAUAUCAGGGAUUUCUUCAUUUGCAAAUGUUGUUGCUCCCUUAGUUUUCUCUCCAUUAUCAGCUUUGUUUCUCUCUGACAAUGCACCAUUCGAUUUCCCCGGUUUCAGCAUCAUGUGCGUUGGAUUUGCAAUGAUGGUAGCGUUCGUUCAGAGUCUCAUGAUUAGGGUUCCUCCUCCCAUUGCAGAAGAGAGAGUCGAUAAUCCGAACCACGUUGAUUCCUACGCAUGACCUGUAGUUUCCCUUAGAAAAUCGACGAUGAUCAGUUAGUUAUUGGAAGCUCUAAGUUGCCAUUUCACAUUCCUUUUCUCUGUGUGUAUAUUUUUUGGGGAGUCACUGGAAUAAUCUCGGCCCUCCGACGAGAAAAACAGGGCGCCAACUGGAGGGUGAAUGUUAGGACAUGUGGGGCAGUUUUGUGUUGUUUUUUGGGUUGACCUUAUCUUCACUUCGAAAAGGGUUAUAUAGUGACUUGAAUGUCCUAUUUUUUCAGUACAUUUUUUUUUGUCAUUUAUGUCCCGAACUAUUCAAUGUGACAUUUAUGUAGUUGUGUUGUGUUAUUUAUGUCCCGAACUAUUCAAUGUGACAUUUAUG